UAUAAAUUAAUUGACAUUGAUUAUUAAGAUUGCUAGAAAAGUGUACUUCAAUGAAUUUAAAGAAGAAUCAACUUCUUGUUUUUACGGGACAAUCUCUCGAAAAGAUUUCGUAUCCCCUAGGAAUCAAUUGGUCAAGUCGCAUAGGCAGAUUAUACAGUUUCAUAGUUGUAGUGUUGUUUUCUGUCUUGAGUCAAAUGUCUUGGUACAACGUUUGUAUCGGACAUUGCGAAGAACACCUAGUUAGGAAGGUCAUGAUAAUAUUGCAGUAUAUUCUACAUUUCUUAUUGGUAUUGAUGAUGGUGGGUACGUCUCUAUUUCGUCCAAAGCCAUUUGCUUUUCCUUAUCAAGAGGUAUACACUAUAGAUUCCAUUCUUGAAUCGUAUGGCGCACGAAUCUCAAAAAAAGAUAUCUUUCUCCUGCAAUAUUUGCAGGAUGCCGUGACGGCUACCGUGGCACUACUUGUCGCAAUGAAAUAUAUCUAUGAUAUAAUUCUAAAUAAUUCAUUUCAAUUGAUAUACUUUUCUCUGCGUUCAUGGUAUACUAUAGUCUGCUGGCUAAUUAUGGACGGAAUAUUUGCUCAUUGCGUGAACGAUAUAUAUCUAAGACUCCGGGAGUUAAACAAGAUCGCGAUUCAAUAUUCGAAAGAAAAGUUGUCAGUUUCUUCUGUCGAUUUUACAACAAAUUCGAAUGCAUUUAAUAAACAUAACGAUGUCGUGGUUAUUGGAAUUCGCUUGAUUCAGCAUAUUCAUCAUGGAUUAUACGUUUUAUCGACAAAGGUGAACAAGAAUUUUAGUAUACAACUUUUGAUAGCUUCUGCUAUAUGUCUGAAUGGUACAAUUCUUCUGCUGCAUGAUAUAUAUUAUAAUAUCAAGGCAGACAGAAACAAUACUGAAACAUUAAUUUUUAACAUAAACUUCAUAUUUUGCUAUAUUCUCCGAACUCUCUACAUCAGCUAUGUUUGUCAGCGAGCAAAAAACGAAUUUAGGAAAAUGGCAAUAAUUUUGCAUGAUGCUUUUCUGGAACACAGAUUAUUGCGGGCUGAAGUGAUACAUUUUUCACUUCAAUUAGUUCAUGAAGAUUUGACAUUUAGCGCUUUUGGUUUAUACGACAUUAAUAUUCCUCACUUUUGUUCUAUUACAGGAGCUGUAAUAACAUAUUUGGUUAUGGUUAUCCAAUUAGAUACAAAAUUUGCUAUAGCAAAUUAUAAUGCAAUAACUACAGUGGGUUACACAGAACAUAAUUUUACAAAUUUUAAAGCAUAAUUUUUGCGAUUGUUAAAAAAUUGAGAGAGACGAGAAAGAAAGAAAACCUU